AACCCCUAAUCAGGGUUUUCUAUUUAAUUUUGCUGAAAUUGAAUUUGAUUCGAAUUUUAGAAUUGCAGCCUCCCUGUUCUACAGAGAUUUGUAAGGAAAAGUUAGGGUUUCAUUACAGUAUUCUCAACGAAGAAGAGUAGAGUAAUCGAGCAAUGGAAGUUAUAACAGAAGGAAUAAUUAACAUCAACAUUAAUGACGCAUCGUUAAACAACAAGAAGAACCGUAUUCAAGUCUCUAAUACCAAAAAACCCCUCUUCUUCUACGUCAAUCUCGCCAAGAGAUACAUGCAGCAACACACUGAAGUUGAACUCUCUGCUCUUGGAAUGGCUAUAGCAACUGUUGUAACAAUUGCUGAGAUUUUGAAGAAUAAUGGUCUUGCUAUUGAGAAGAAGAUCAUGACUUCCACUGUUGAUAUGAGAGAGGAAACGGGAGGACGACCUGUCCCAAAAGCUAAGAUUGAGAUUUUGCUUGGGAAGUCAGAGAAGUUUGAUGAGUUGAUGGCUGCUGCUGCUAUAGAGGAAGGAGUUGAUGGCGAGGAACAGAGCCGAGCCGAGCUUUGAGAAUACCAAUUUCAGCUUUCUUAUUUUUGGGCAUCUAUAACAGUCUUUUGUUAGAGUGGAUUUCAAGAUUAUUAGGUUUCAUAAUUAUGUUUCUAGGAUGUUUUGUAUAAGCUAUGCAACACAUUUAAAAAUCAAGUCUCAUUUCCAAGUUCUGCGCAA